AUGGCGGGAAUCUACGCUUUCAAAUGUCCGUGUUUCCGGCCACUGUCCUCCGCCCUUCCCCACCGUUCAAACCCAUUUCAAGUCCCGCGGCUAAAAUUUACAACAACCCGACCCUCAACUUUCCACAAGAUAUACGCUAUAACAAGCAAUGAUAUAAAGGUGGGCCUCAACAUUGAAGUGGACGGGAACCCAUGGAAGGUUAUUGAGUUUCUCCAUGUCAAACCUGGGAAAGGGGCAGCGUUCGUCAGGACAAUGUUGCGGAAUUAUGUAACUGGAAAUCAAGUUGAGAAGACUUUCCGAGCUGGAAUCAAGAUCGAAGAGGCCGACAUAUUCAAGGAAACCAAGCAAUUCAGUUAUAAGGAUGGCGCUCAGUAUGUUUUCAUGGACUUGACUACCUAUGAUGAAUACCGUCUGAACGAGUCUGAUGUUGGAGAUAAAUCAGAGUGGCUGAAAGAAGGCAUGGACUGCAAUUUGCUGUUCUGGAAGGAUAAGAUCAUUGAUUUUGAACUCCCCAACAUAGUGAAAUUGACUGUGGUUCAAGUUGAUCCAGGUAUAAAGGGUGACACAGUUCAAGGAGGAUCUAAGCCUGCUACACUUGAAACUGGUGCUGUUGUUACCGUCCCAUUGUUCAUAAACAUUGGCGAUGAAAUCUUGGUGGAUACAAGAACUGGGCAGUACACAAGUCGUGUAUAA